CCCGCGCCAGAGCAUCCCCGCUGCAGAGCAGCAAGACCCGGGGCUCGCAGCCCCCAGGAAUCCCUAGCUGCCUCGCCAGCGCUACGGGACUGAAGUUUUUGGAGGAGCACGUACAACUCUUCAAGGUGAACCAUGACCACUUUACUACUGGUCUUUGUGAUUCUGAGGGUCAUUGCUGCAGAGAUCUCAGAAGAAGUUCCAGACCAUGACAACUCACUGAGCGUGAGCAUCCCUCAGCCAUCCCCACUGAAGGUCCUCCUGGGGACUUCCCUCACCAUCCCCUGCUACUUCAUCGACCCCAUGCACCCCGUGACCACUGCACCCUCCACUGCCCCCCUUGCCCCAAGAAUCAAGUGGAGCCGCGUUUCCAAGGAGAAAGAGGUAGUAUUGUUGGUGGCCACCGAAGGACAGGUUCGAGUCAACAGCCUCUACCAAGACAAAGUGUCAUUACCCAACUACCCGGCCAUCCCCAGUGAUGCCACCUUGGAAAUUCAGAACCUUCGCUCCAACGACUCUGGGAUCUAUCGCUGUGAAGUGAUGCAUGGCAUCGAGGACAGUGAAGCCACCCUGGAGGUCAUAGUAAAAGGCAUCGUGUUCCACUACAGAGCCAUCUCCACACGCUACACUCUGGACUUUGACCGAGCACAGCGGGCUUGCCUGCAGAACAGCGCCAUCAUCGCCACGCCUGAGCAACUGCAGGCUGCCUACGAGGAUGGCUUCCACCAGUGCGAUGCAGGCUGGCUGGCCGACCAGACGGUCAGGUACCCCAUCCACACUCCUCGGGAAGGCUGCUAUGGAGACAAGGAUGAGUUUCCUGGAGUGAGAACCUACGGAAUCCGAGACACCAAUGAGACCUAUGAUGUGUACUGCUUCGCUGAGGAGAUGGAAGGCGAGGUCUUUUAUGCCACAUCCCCGGAGAAGUUCACCUUCCAGGAGGCAGCCAAUGAGUGCCGGAGGCUGGGGGCGCGGCUGGCUACCACGGGCCAGCUCUACCUGGCCUGGCAGGGCGGGAUGGACAUGUGCAGCGCCGGCUGGCUGGCGGACCGCAGUGUGCGCUACCCCAUCUCCAAGGCUCGGCCCAACUGCGGGGGCAACCUUCUGGGUGUAAGGACUGUCUAUCUGCACGCCAACCAGACAGGCUAUCCGGAUCCCUCAUCCCGUUACGACGCCAUCUGUUAUACAGGUGAAGACUUUAUAGACAUCCCAGAGAACUUCUUCGGGGUGGGUGGCGAAGACGACAUCACCAUCCAGACAGUGACCUGGCCAGACCUGGAGCUGCCCCUGCCCCAAAAUACCACGGAGGGAGAAGUCCGGGGCAAUGAGAUCCUCACCGCAAAGCCCAUGUUCGACCUGUCCCCCACUGUCUCAGAGCCAGAGGAGGCCCUCACAGUUUUCUCUGGUGUGAGGGUCACAGCCUUCCCUGAGGAGGGCACUGAAGAAGCCACCAGGCCCUGGGACUUUCCUGAGGAAGCCACACCUGGGCUGGAGUCAGCCACAGCCUUCACCAGUGAGGACCUAGUGGUCCAAGUGACCCUCGCCCCAGGUGCAGCUGAGGUCCCUGGCCAGCCCCACUUACCAGGGGGAGUUGUAUUCCACUAUCGCCCAGGCUCCACCAGAUACUCUCUGACAUUCGAAGAGGCGCAGCAGGCCUGCGUGCAAACCGGGGCAGUCAUGGCCUCACCAGAGCAGCUCCAGGCUGCCUAUGAGGCAGGCUAUGAGCAGUGUGAUGCCGGAUGGCUGCAGGACCAGACUGUCAGGUACCCCAUUGUGAGCCCACGGACCCCAUGUGUAGGCGACAAGGACAGCAGCCCUGGAGUCAGGACCUAUGGUGUGCGCCCAUCAUCGGAAACCUAUGAUGUCUACUGCUACGUGGACAAGCUUGAGGGGGAAGUGUUCUUUGUCACACGCCUGGAGCAGUUCACCUUCCAGGAAGCACAGUCCUUCUGUGAAGCCCAAAAUGCCACCUUGGCCUCCACUGGCCAGCUCUACGCUGCCUGGAGCCACGGCCUGGACAAGUGCUAUGCUGGCUGGCUGGCAGAUGGCAGCCUCCGGUACCCCAUCGUCACCCCUCGGCCUGCCUGCGGUGGGGACAAACCGGGCGUGAGAACUGUCUACCUCUACCCCAACCAGACCGGCCUUCCAGACCCAUUGUCCAGGCACCAUGCCUUCUGUUUCCGAGGUGUGUCAGUGGCGCCCUCUCCGGGAGGAGAAGAAGGUGGCACGCCCACAUCACCUUCCGACAUAGAGGACGGGAUCGUCACUCAGAUGGGGCCUGGUGUGGACGCUGUCCCAUUGGAGUCAGAGACAACAGCGGGGCCAGACUUCACCACUGAAUCAGAAAAGCAGACUGGAUGGGAAGCAGCGUCCACCCCAGAGGGCACAUCCCCACUUCCAGGGAUCCCUCCCACGUGGCUCCCCACCAUCCCAUCAGCAGAGGACCACACCGGAACCCCCUCUGCCACUGAAGAGCCCUCUGCCUCAGAAGAGCCUUCCACCUCAGAGGAGCCUUCCACCUCAGAGGAGCCAUUUACAGCAUCGCUUGCAUCGCCGAGUGGGACAGAGCUGCCAGGCUCUGGGGAGGCAUCAGGGCCGCAUGACCUCAGUGGUGACUUCACAGGCAGUGGAGAAGCUUCAGGAGAUCUCGGCUCCGGUGGGCAGCCAUUAGGGGGCAGUGAAAGUGGACUUCCCUCUGGUGACCUUGACGCCAGUGGCCUCAGCCCCACGGUGAGCUCGGGCCUGCCCGUAGAAAGCGGACUGGCCUCGGGGGAUGGAGAAGGAGUGGAGUGGUCCCCCACUCCCACACUUGGCGGGCUGCCCUCUAGAGGUGAGGGCCUAGAAGGCUCUACCUCUGGAACAGGAGAACUUAGUGGGCUGCCUUCUGGAAGGGAAACGACAGAAGCAUCUGCUUCUGGAGCAGGAGAUAUCAGCGGGCUUCCUUCUGGAGGAGGUGGUUUAGAAGCUUCUACCUCUGGUGUAGAGGAUAUCAGUGGGACCCCUACUGAAACAGGAGAUCUAGAGACACCUGCCUCUGGAGUAGAGGACCUCAGUGGACUUCCUUCUGGACAAGAAGGUCCAGAAAUAUCUACCUCUGGGAUAGAGGGCAUCAGUGUACUUCCUACUGGAGGGGAAAUUCUAGAAACUUCUGCUUCUGGAGUGGGAGACCUGAGUGGACUUCCCUCAGGAGGAGAAAGUCUAGAAACAUCUGCUUCCGGUACAGAGGAUGUCACCCAGCUUCCUACUGAAAGAGAGGGUCUAGAGACCUCUGCCUCUGGAAUAGAGGACAUAAGUGUGCUCCCUACUGAAGCAGGAGGUCUAGAAACUUCAGGAUCUGGAGUUGAGGAUGUCAGUGGGCUCCCUACUGAAGUAGGAGGUCUAGAAACAUCUGCCUCUGGAAUAGAGGACAUUAGUGGACUCCCUUCUGGAACAGGAGGUCUAGAAACUUCUGCCUCUGGAAUAGAGGACAUUAGUGGACUCCCUUCUGGAACAGGAGGUCUAGAAACAUCCGCCUCUGGAGUAGAGGACCUCAGUGGACUCCCUACUGAAGCAGGAGGUCUAGAAACAUCUGCCUCUGGAGUAGAGGAUGUCAGUGGACUCCCUACUGAAGCAGGAGGUCUAGAAACAUCCGCCUCUGGAGUAGAGGACCUCAGUGGACUCCCUACUGAAGCAGGAGGUCUAGAAACUUCUGCCUCUGGAGUAGAGGAUGUCAGUGGACUCCCUACUGAAGCAGGAGGUCUAGAAACUUCUGCCUCUGGAGUAGAGGAUGUCAGUGGACUCCCUACUGAAGCAGGAGGUCUAGAAACAUCCGCCUCUGGAGUAGAGGAUGUCAGUGGACUCCCUACUGAAGCAGGAGGUCUAGAAAUAUCCGCCUCUGGAGUAGAGGACCUCAGUGGACUCCCUACUGAAGCAGGGGGUCUAGAAACUUCUGCCUCUGGAGUAGAGGAUGUCAGUGGACUCCCUACUGAGGCAGGAGGUCUAGAAACAUCCACCUCUGGAGUAGAGGAUGUCAGUGGACUCCCUACUGAAGCAGGAGGUCUAGAAACAUCCGCCUCUGGAGUAGAGGACCUCAGUGGACUCCCUACUGAAGCAGGAGGUCUAGAAACAUCCGCCUCUGGAGUAGAGGACCUCAGUGGACUCCCUACUGAAGCAGGGGGUCUAGAAACUUCUGCCUCUGGAGGCUAUUUCAGUGAGAUUCCUUCCAGUGGAGAUGCUACAGAAACUUCUGCUUCUGGAGUAGAGGGUGUGAGUGGCCUUCCUUCUGGAGGUGAUGGUCUAGAAACUUCUGCCUCUGGAGUGGAGGAUCUUGGUCUUUCUACCAGGGAAGAUCUGGAGAGUUCUGCUUCAGGAGUAGGUGUUACUGGGCCUCCUGCUGGAAGAGAGGAUCUGGAGACCUCUGUUUCUGGGGUAGGGGAUGACCUCAGUGGACUUCCUUCUGGAAAAGAAGUCCUAGAGACCUCAGCAUCUGGAGCUGAGGACCUUGGUGGAUUGCCUUCUGGAAAAGAAGAUUUGGCAGGUUCUGCUUCUGGAGCCCCGGACGUUGGCGAGCUACCUACCGGAACUCUAGGAAGUGGCCAAAUUCCAGAAGCAAGUGGCCUUCCCUCUGGACUUAGUGGUGAGUAUUCUGGAGUGGAUGUGGGCAGUGGCCCCUCCUCUGGCCUGCCUGACUUUAGUGGACUUCCAUCCGGGUUCCCCACUGUCGCCCUAGUGGACAGUACCUUAGUGGAAGUGGUCACAGCCACCACUGCCAGUGAACAGGAAGGAAGGGGAACCAUCGGUAUCAGUGGUGCAGGAGAAGUGUCGGGGCUGCCCCUCGGUGAGUUGGACAGUAGUGGGGACAUUAGCGGUGUCACUUCAGGCACUGAACUCAGUGGCCAGGCAUCUGGGUCGCCUGAUGUCAGUGGAGAAACCUCUGGAUUUUUCGAUGUUAGUGGACAGCCGUUUGGGUCUUCUGAUGUCAGUCAGGGAACAUUUGGGAUUCCUGACGCCAGCGGGACAUCUGGAGUGACUGAGCUUAGCGGACUGUCCUCUGGGCAACUAGAUGUCAGUGGAGAGGGGUCUGGAGUUCUCUUUGGCAGUGGCCAGUCCUCCGGCAUAACCUUUGUGAGCGGAAAAACCUCUGGGCUUCCAGAUCUCAGUGGGCAGCCCUCAGGGUUGCCAGUGUCCAGUGGAACAACCCCCAGAACCCCUGACCUGGUUUCUGGCAGCAUGAGUGGUAGUGGGGACUCUUCUGGCAUUACAUUUGUGGACAGCACUUUCGUUGAAGUGACCCCUACCACUUUUAAAGAAGAAGAAGGCUUAGGAUCAGUGGAACUCAGUGGCCUCCCUUCGGGGGAGAUGGACCUGUCUGGCACAUCUGGGAAGGUGGACGGCGGUGGCCAGUCUUCUGGAGCAAUUGAUGCCAGCGGCUUCACAUCACCAGCUCCAGAACUCAGUGGCCUCCCAAGCGGAGUAGCUGAAGUCAGUGGAGAAUUCUCAGGAGUUGAGACUGGGAGCAGCUUACCCUCAGGAGCUUAUGAUGGCAGUGGACUCGCCUCGGGUUUCCCUACUGUGUCUCUUGUAGACAGAACUUUGGUGGAAUCUAUAACCCAGGCUCCAACUGCUCAAGAAGCUGGAGAAGGGCCUUCGGGCAUUUUGGAACUCAGUGGUACCCAAUCUGGAACCCCAGAUAUGUCUGGGGAUCUUUCCGGGUCUUUGGACCUAAGCACACUACAGUCUGGGCUGGAACCCAGCACAGAGCCACCGAGCUCUCCAUAUUUUAGUGGGGACUUUUCUAGCAGCACUGACAUAAGUGGAGAAUCCACAGCUGCCACAACUGGCAGUGGGGAAACCUCAGGGCUUCCGGAAGUCACUUUAAUCACUUCAGAGUUAAUGGAGGCUGUGACAGAACCAACCGUCUCCCAGGAACUUGGCCAAGGGCCCUCUGUGACAUAUACUCCCAGCCUCUUUGAGGCCAGUGGGGAAGCCUCAGCAUCUGAGGACCUUAGUGGAGCUGUGACAAACUUCCCAGGGUCUGGGGUAGAAGCAUCCGUCCCAGAAGCCAGCAGCGAGUCAUCGGCUUACCCGGAGGCUGGAAUGGGAGCAUCCGCUGCCCCUGAGGCCAGCAGUAAACAGUCUGGGUUCCCAGAUCUGCAUGAAAUCACCUCUGCCUUCCAUGAAGCAGGUCUGGAAGUGACAACCUCAGGCAUGGAGGUGGGCGGCACCUCUUGGACCUUUCAGGAAGGUACUAGGGAAGGGUCUGCUGCUCUGGAAGUGAGUGGAGAAUCUACCACUACCUCCAGUGUAGACGCAGACACUUCAGGCAUGCCUUCUGCUGCUCCCGUGGCUUCUGGAGACAGGACUGAAGUCAGUGGGGAAUGGUCUGACCAUACCUCAGAGCUGAAUGUUGUCAGCAGCACCACACUCCCAGAGUUCGAGGGGGCCCAGCCUACCCAGAGCCCUGCAGAGACACAUCAAGAAAUCAAAUCCCCGAUCUCCUCAUACUCGGGAGAGGAGACCCAAACAGCAGAAACAACCAUAUCCCUGACAGACACCCCCAGCCCCUCUUCUGCAGAAGGCUCAGGAGAAGCAGAGUCAACUGGUGCAGACAUUGAUGAGUGCCUCUCAAGCCCUUGUCUGAAUGGAGCCACCUGCGUGGAUGCCAUCGACGCUUUCACAUGCUUAUGCCUUCCCAGCUACGGAGGGAGCCUGUGUGAGAUCGACCAGGAACAAUGUGAGGAAGGAUGGACCAAGUUCCAGGGCCACUGUUACCGCCACUUCCCCGACCGUGAGACCUGGGUGGAUGCCGAGAGGCGGUGCCGAGAGCAGCAGUCACAUCUGAGCAGCAUUGUCACUCCUGAGGAACAGGAGUUUGUCAACAAAAAUGCUCAAGACUACCAGUGGAUAGGGCUGAAUGACAGGACUAUCGAAGGGGACUUCCGCUGGUCUGAUGGACACUCCCUGCAAUUUGAGAAGUGGCGGCCCAAUCAGCCCGACAACUUCUUUGCUACUGGAGAGGACUGCGUAGUGAUGAUCUGGCAUGAGAAGGGCGAGUGGAACGAUGUCCCCUGCAAUUACCAGCUGCCCUUCACAUGCAAAAAGGGCACCGUGGCCUGUGGAGACCCCCCAGUGGUGGAGCAUGCCAGGACCCUCGGGCAGAAGAAGGACCGAUAUGAGAUCAGCUCCCUGGUGCGGUACCAGUGUACUGAGGGCUUUGUCCAGCGCCACGUGCCCACCAUCCGGUGCCAGCCCGAUGGGCACUGGGAAGAACCUCGGAUCACCUGUACAGACCCCACCACGUAUAAGCGCAGGCUACAGAAGCGGAGCUUGAGACCCACACAGAGGAGGAGCCGCCCCAGCAUGGCCCACUGAGAGGAGCCUCCACCGUGAGCCCCAGGAUGCUGAGCCCAGCGGCCAGCCAGGCUGACCGUGCAUCCCAGCCAGCCAGAUGGUGUCUUCUUCUUGUCGCUUUUUGUCAUAUAAGGAAUCCAUUAAAGAAGGAAAAAUAAAAUACCCCACAUUGUGUGUGCCCCAACUCCCCACAUCACCCAAACUACAUCUAAUUUGUUCCCUCCCCCUUCCCCCCCAAAAAAUGCCAAAGCAAAUUUACUGUAACCCGUGGACUGAGUUUAGAGACAUUUCUUUGAUCUCCCACCGUGCCUUUCCAGGGACCAGUGCAGGGACAGGGUAAGAAGGAAGUGGUUAAAUUAAAUAAAGAAGAUUUUUUUUUUGUUUCCUGACUUUACCUAAGAACAGUGCAAUGGUCGGUUAUUUCACCUCCAGGGAAAGUUAGGGAGGCAGGAGGAGGAGCUGGAAAGAGACAGGGCCAGGGGAGGGGGUGGCAGGGUGGCCCCAGAGCAUGAAGGACUCAGAAGAGACUAACUAUGGCUUAAUGUGUUGGACAAAAGGAACCGAGGUCUGUGCCAUCUAUGAGGAGGGAGCCUGGGACGGGGGACAGGCUGGCCGAGGGGAAUGAGGUUGCUGUCCCUGCAGGGCCCCUCUCCUAGUGACCCCUCCCUCACCUGGGUCAGCCACCACCUAGCAGGUGUCAUCCCUCGGCUGGCCUGGGUAGGGGCACUUCCUUCCCAGGGCUGCUCCACCGUCCCCUUCCCUCUCCCCACCCCGGGACGGUGCAGGCACCAGUGUUCCGUGCACCUAUUUAUAUUUUUGAAAACUAAAGAUUAUGAUAAUUAUAAUAAUAAAGACAUUGGAAGAGA